GUAUCCAAAUUGUUCAUAUGUCCGCGUCGGUCCAAUAAGCAUACGAAAGCGUUCUGAAUAUAAUUUUUCGGUCCUAAUAAUUUUAAUUCCUAUGAUCUAUCUCACCUAACAAUCUCCAACAGUACUUCUCUCUAUCUCUCCGUUGUAAGAGAAAUGGAGAGAGAUGGCAUGGAAGAAGGACUAUUACAAAGUUCUACAAAUUUCGAAGCCCGGCCCAAUACUGAUGGCGGAGAUAUACCACCAACUGGUGCCUCUGCCACUGCCACACCUGUUGUUGUACUCAGCACCCUUGUCGCACUUUGUGGCUCAUUCUGUACUGGCUGUGCUAUAGGAUAUUCAUCACCUGCUGAAUCUGGAAUCCUAGAAGAUUUGGACAUAUCUGUGGCAGCAUAUUCAGUUUUUGGUUCAUCAUUGACUAUUGGAGGAGUGAUUGGUGGAUUAGUAAGUGGAAGGAUUGCAGACCUUUUUGGUCGGAAAGGUGCAAUGUGGUUCUCUGAAAUCUUCAGCUUGGUAGGGUGGCUCGCCAUUGCAUUUGGAAAGAACAUUUGGUGGCUCGAUCUUGGGAGACUUUCAUUGGGAAUUGGCAUUGGAAUUUUUUGCUAUGUGGUACCUGUAUACAUUGCAGAAGUAACACCUAAAAAUCUUAGGGGACCAUUUGCAUCAGCUAACGAGUUGCUCCUAGCUUGUGGUGUUUCACUAAUGUAUUUCAUCGGAAAUAUCAUUACCUGGCGUACCCUAGCAUUAAUAGGUACUACUCCAUGUCUUGUACAACUAAUGGGAUUAUUCUUCGUUCCAGAGUCUCCUAGAUGGCUGGCAAAAAUUGGCAAAGAAAUAGAGCUUCAAGCAGCUCUACAGUGUCUUAGGGGGAAGAAUUCUGAUAUAUCUCAAGAAGUGGCUGAUAUCAAACAUUAUACAGAAACCUUUGAACGACACUCAAAAACAAGAAUUUUGGACUUAUUCCAGCACAGAUAUUCUCGGUCACUGAUUGUUGGACUUGGGUUGAUGUUACUGCAACAAUUUGGAGGGCCCAAUGCACUUGGUUAUUAUGCAGGUUCUAUAUUUGUAGAUGCUGGUUUUUCAAAAAGUAUUGGGACUUCAUUGCUGGCCCUUGUGAAGAUUCCAGCAGGUAUUGUGAGUGUAAUCUUGACAGAUAAAUCAGGAAGACGACCACUUCUUAUGGUCUCUGCUGGUGGAAUGUUCUUGAGUCGCUUGCUUUUAGGCUUGGCAUUCUGCUUUCAGGACCUCAAUCAGUUGAAGGAGCUCACUCCCAUUUUGGCACUAAUUGGGAUGCUGGGGGAAAGUGUCUUUUUCACAUUAGGCAUGUCAGGAUUACCAUGGGUUAUAAUGGCAGAGAUAUUCCCUAUAAAUGUCAAGGGUACAGCUGGAAGCCUCGUGACUGCUACGAAAUGGGGCUCUUCUUGGAUUGUUACAUACACAUUCAAUUUUAUGAUGGAAUGGAGUAAACCAGAAUGUUUUGGCCAUCCCUACAUUAGGAACAUUUUUCAUGUACGCGGUCAUUUGCGGUUUGACUGUUUUGUUCAUUGCAAAACUGGUACCAGAGACUAAGGGGAGAGCUCUGGAGGAAAUACAAGCAUCAAUUACCCAUUUGCAAUAAGAUAAGGUCCAAGUAACAGUAGUAAAUGAGUCUUAUAUUAACACAUUGUCACAUAAAGUGUAUUAUAAUUUGUAUGUUCUUCCUAUUAGAUGGGAGGAAAAAAUAAAUAUUUGAAACUUUUGGAAGAUACCAGUUUAAAUUUUUGUUUUGAAUGAUCAA